GGUAAAUGUAGUUUCCGACAUCGUCAAAAAUGGUCGACCUCCAGCCUCCGCCUUUCAGAACAUUGGACGAUUUUCUUCUGGGUUCGGCCAGAUUCGCCGUGCCUGAUAUUCGCAACUUAGACCGGUGGAAUAACAGAAUAAUAAACAACUUGCUGUAUUACCAGUCAAACUAUUUUGCAUCCUCCGUGGCAUUGCUGCUCAUAGUCGGGUAUUUCCAGCCAUUUCAGCUGAUUCUUGGGGCAACAGUUGUGAUUCUUCUAUUCCUGGGUUUUGUCUGGGCUGCUGAAAACAAGGCUGCAGUUCGGCGGUUCCGGAGGACUCAUCCAUCCCUCUCUCUGGCUGCAAUCUUGGGCUCCAGUUACCUACUUCUGUCUGUUUUAGGAGAAGUGGCUGUUUUCCUGUUUGGCAUUGCCUUCCCCAUUUUAACGAUUCUUAUACAUGCCUCAGUAAGACUCAGAAGCCUUAAGAAUAAACUGGAAAACAAGCUGGAGAGUAUAGGAUUGAAGAGAACGCCCAUGGGCCUGCUACUUGAAGCGCUGGGACAGGAACAAGAGGCUGGAUCAUAGCUGGUCUAACAACUACCUAGCUUUAUUAACAUCCACUCCUUCUUCCUUAGGUUCUUCUUGAGAUUACAGGAGGACAGUUAUAAUAGUUGAUCAUACAUAUAUGUUGGACUAAGUCCUACGACAUCUUUUAAAAUGGUUAAAUAAUGUAUUUUAAACAAUGUGUGGGAUGGAGAUAAUUCAUAUUUAUUAUUUGAGUAACAGACCAGUUACUACUUCAUUCCAUAGAUCUGCCAUUUCAUGAUGUCUGUAUUGACAUUAUUCCGUCCCUCAACAUUUCUACAGUAGUGUGGGGCCACUUGAUUUUGUGAAGAAAAUGUAAAGAGAAGGGCGUAAUAAGUUUAAGAGCAAGAAUUUGUUUUACUUUAUUUUGUAUUUUUUUCAAGUGACUUAAAUGACCAAACUGAAGUAUAUUGUUUUUACAGAUUGUUUUGAGUUUUAUUUAAUUUUCUUUUGUUUUUAAUAAAGUGCCAUGUGUGGCCUGGCAUGCAUUAGCAGUUGCUCUCUUACAAAAGUGCCAAGAUUAUAGCUGUUAUAGUAACCCAAAUGAAUGAAGACCAAGAAUAUUUAUCUUCAUAUUCAUCUUCAUCAAUUGCAUAUGCAGCUAACAAACCACCAUCAUUAGAGGAUGAUAUCUUGCAUAUCAGGGUUAGUAAUAACCAAUAAACAGCGAUGAUUAUUAAUAUAAAUUCAAAUGUAAUGCACCAGGAAAGUGGUCCAAAUUUUUCCAUGGAAACACUAUGGAGGUUUAACUUUUUCUUUUCUUUUUUUCCUUUAGCAUGUUUAACCUUUUUUACAGCUUGUGCAUUUAAGUACUCUAGAAGUACUUGUAAGUUUGCAUUCCUACCUAACUUUAAAGAGAGUUAGAGCACAAACAUUAAGUACUUUUGGAAUGAUAUAUAUUUGGAUUUUCUGCGCCUUAUAUUGUGUAUUGCUUUGAUUUCAUUUAUGGAUGAACUUGUGCAGUUCAUGUUUAAUGUUUACGACAUCAGCUGCCUUGUAUAUGUCAUCUACAAAUAUACUUUCAUCAUGGUACUUCGUUGUCUUUUUGUCUGUUUCCACUUAGAGACACUGUCAUUGAUAAAAUCAAUCUGAAGGAAUUGCGCUUUUUUAACGUUCUAAUUUUUAUGAUAAUAUUCUCAGACUGUAAAGAUAGUAUAUGCAUUCAGAUGUAUAACUACAUGCGUCCUUAAUACUGCAAAAACUAAUUAGAAACAGGAAAAGCCAUCAUUACUAGUUCAAAAGCAACACUUUUGGCUUCUGCUUUUGGCAUUUGGCCCAAGUAUACUGUAGGACCUGGGCUGAUUUUAAAGUCCCAGUCCAUCGCUGACUAAGCUUAAUUUACAUACACAGUUGAAGUCAGAAGUUUACAUACACAUUAGCCAAAUACAUUUAAACUCAGUUUUUCACAAGUCCUGAUAUUUCAUAAUAGAAAACCUUCCCUGUCUUAGGUUAGUUAGGAUCACUACUUUAUUUUAAGAAUGUGAAAUAAUAGUAAUAGUAGAGAGAAUUAUUUAUUUCAGCUUUUAUUUCCUUCAUCACAUUCCCAGUGGGUCAGAAGUUUACAUACACUUUGUUAGUAUUUAGUAGCAUUGCCUUUAAAUUGUUUAACUUGGGUCAAAUGUUUUGGGUAGCCUUCCACAAGCUUCUCACAAUAAGUUGCUGGAAUUUUGGCCCAUUCCUCCAGACAGAACUGGUGUAACUGAGUCAGGUUUGUAGGCCUCCUUGCUUGCACACGCUUUUUCAGUUUUGCUCACAAAUUUUCUAUCGGAUUGAGGUCAGGACUUUGUGAUGGCCCCUCCAAUACCUUGACUUUGUUGUCGUUUAGCCACAACUUUGGAGGUAUGUGUAGUGGUUACUGUACAUUGUAUAUAAUUAUUGUGUUGUGUAAGUAUGCAUACAUUUGAUAUGUAAAUUGUGUUGAGUAAGUAUGCAUACAUUUGAAAUGUAAAUUGUGUUGUGUAAAUACGUUGUUUAUUGUAAUUGUUAUAUGUCUCGUCACUGUCAUGACUGCCAUGUUGCUCGGAACUGCACACAAGAGGUUCACCUACUGUUGCACUUGUGUAUAUGGUAGUGUGACAAUAAAGUGAUUUGAUUUUGAUUGAUUGAUUUGAUGCUUGGGGUCAUUGUCCAUUUGAAAGACCCUUUAGUGACCAAGCUUUAACUUCCUGGCUGAUGUCUUGAGAUGUUGCUUCAAUAUAUCCACAUCAUUUUCUGAAAGGCUGCUCAGCAAGGUAGAAGCCACUGAUCCAAAACCGCCAUAAAAAAACCAGACCACAGUAAGGUGCUCAUGGG